CUGACUCGCUCUCUUCCUUCUCGGACUCCGGACAACACGGAUGUGCUCAUGAGUGUUCCCUAGUUGUUCACCCUUGUGCGUUCCGUUUUCGACAUUACGAACCAACGCGUAUCAGUGCCUGUGUUCCGGCCCUCGCGACACCGCUCGCCGCCAAUCGCCGUCGCGACGCCUUGAGCUUGCGUCUCGUAUCUCUCCCCGCGUGAGAGAAGGAGCCGGCUCCACGUCCUAGCGAGCCGAGCUCAUAUUCCAGAAAAUACAGCUGCGUGUGAGCAGUCAUAAGGACUCCGCUUUAUUAGCGCACAUCCACAGGGCUACCCGUACUCGAGACCUUCCUCUCCUUCUGCACGCGCGGUGGCCAUAGGCUAUCCUGCCCUCCACAACUAUAUAUAGUUGGAAAUCUCCCUCCGCGUAAUACGACUCAACGUCAGGAUCGAUAAGUUUUACUUCCGAGUAAUGUGACACAAUAGCUGAGGUGACCUUUUUUGAUUUGUAAAUUUUGCUUCAACGUCUGAAAGAAUUUUUUUGAUCAGAGAAGAAAUUACAGCACUUUCUUUUCGUACGUAUUUUCGAAAUAAAUUUUAUCUGUAAAUAGAAGUGUUAAUUUGUCUCAGGAUGUCGCAGAAAAAAAGAGUACUUAUGAUUUGUUUAGGCAAUAUUUGUCGAUCGCCAAUAGCAGAGGCUGUAUUCGACAGCGAAAUAGGCAAGAGAGGCUUGAGAAAUCAUUGGGAAGUUGAAAGUGCUGCGCUAAUAGGAUAUCAUACUGGUAAAAAGCCAGAUCAUAGAGCUCUGAGUACUUUAAAGGAAAACGGAAUCACUAAUUAUUCUCACAGAGCACGUCCAAUUAAACAAAAUGAUUUUGAAAAUUUUGAUUGGAUAUUUGGCAUGGAUAAUGACAACAUGAUAGAAUUAAAUAAUUUGAAGCCAAGAGCAUGUCGAGCAAAAGUAGAGCUCUUAGGAAGUUAUGAUCCAAGUGGAGAAGUUAUAAUACGAGACCCCUAUUAUGACAGUGGUAAUACAGGAUUUCAGAAAGCCUAUGAACAGUGUCUAAGGAGUGUAACAGCAUUUUUGAAUAAACAUGCUAAUUAAUCCAUGUAAUCAAA